UUCGCUGAUUUAGUCCGGCUUUAUGCAGCGCAGCUACAGCCAGUCUCCCAACAGGCGCUUUUCCAGUUUCUCUUACUUGUUACUUACAUUUUAGACGCCAAAGAGAAAAAAAAAGUCUUGUAGAGACUCUAGACGACCAUGAGUGAUCCAGAAGGGACCAGCGCUUCUCCGGAUGGAGAUGAGGAGCAGGACGCUGGCGAGCUGGAGGUACCCAUCCGUGCUUUAGCCCCAGAGGCUGAUUUAGAGGAACAGUGUCCAAGCCAAAUCUCAGCCAAUCCAGCCCUGCAGUGCCUGGAGGAGCUCUUCUCAAUGGGGAAGAUCAGCGGGGCUAAAGUGGCCAGGCUGAAGGCCAGCUUCAAUCUGCUACAUGGCACUCUGAGAAGCUGUCAGGAGUCUGAGCUGAAUCUGCUGCAGAAGGCAAAGCGUUUUCGAGCAGAGCUGGAGCGUCAGCAGCAGGAGCUGGAGAAAGCUGAGUUGUUUCCAGAGGGCCAGGACACAGAGGUCAGCCGCAUGAGGCAGCAGCUCCUUCAGUUCCACAACAAGCUCCGCGAGUCUGAGGACAGAGAGUACCAGAUGCAGUACCAGCUUGAGUGUCUCUGGGAGGACAAGAUUUGUCUUGAGAAAGAAUAUGAGAGCCAACCAAAGCCUGUUGAGCAGGAGAAGCGCUACCUGACUCUGAAGGAGAGCUGUGAUGAGAUGAGGAAGGAGAUCGCCCAACGACGACAGGAGAUCAGAAGUUUAACCGAGGACAUGGAGGCUCGCCACAAACAGAUGCAGAAAGAACAGCGGGAGCUUGAAGAGAAGAAGGAGACAAUAGAGAGCAAAGAGGCUGAACUUGCCCAGCUGCUCUCCAUGCCUGGUCAGCUGGGGAAGGAGAUUGAGAGAAUCAACCGCAAGAAGAUAGAUGUGGAGAAACGUAAGGCUGUGCUAGAGGAGCAGCUGCAGGAGCUGGCAGAGCUGAAGAAGAAGACACAGGCACGGUGCAGGCAGCUGGAGGAAGAGCGCAGGGCAGUGGUUAGGGAGCUGGAGGGCCACAGGGCUCACCUGGAGGCGGCUCAGAGAGAGAGCAGCCUGCUGCUUAAAGAAGUGGAGAUGACAAAGGAGAAAGAGACCAUCCUCCUGGGACAGAGAGGCGUGCUGGACAUCAAUAUGAACCACACCGUGGUGGAGAGGAUGUCUCUUCAUGAGAACCUUGCUCGGAAGGUCAGAGAGAAGGACAGGCUGCUGCGUGCCCUAAAGAAGGUGCAGCUGCAGCUGAAAGUGGCCAAAGAUUCCGUAACCCAUACGCAGGAGCUCUACAACAAAACCAAGUCCCAGAGGGAUAUAAUGCCUAAGAAUGAUGACUUGCAACAGAAAAUUAAGGAUCUGCAAAGUGAAGUGGACAAGUUGAAACUGACCCUAGCUCAUGAGCAAUCAGUCAUGAAUGAUGAGGUUCAGGCGGUGGAGCAGUGUGUAGAGCAGAAACAAGCUCUAAUAAGGGAGUCCAUUCGCCGUCGAGAAGAGUUACACCACCUCACCACCCUCACCCUCAUUAAAGCAGACGAGAGAAAUCAGAAGAGCCGAGAGUUGCUCAAAGCUCAGAUGAGAUGCAACCGUAUCAAACAGGACAUCCGGGGCAAACAGCUGCAGAUUCAGGAACACAAGAAACAGCACCAGGAGACUCAGUUGAGACUGAGUGUGUUCGGUAAGCUGUACGACGUCAUUAAGAGUGAGCGGAACAAGUGCGUGCACCUGAUCCAGUUUGCCAGCAAGCAAACGGCUGAGAUGAUGGAGACGUUCAAAAUCCUGGAGAAUGAGAUUGAGAUUCUGCGCACCAAUGCAAUGUAUAAAGACAGGCUGCUGCAGAAGUCUCGUCUGAAACACGUCCACAGCCACGCCAUCAGGGAUGGCCUCAAGAACGACAUCUCCAAGAUGGUCUGGGUGCUCCAGGAGAUGAGGAGCAAGAGAGAAGAGCAAAGACUGAACAUCAGCAAGCUCACCCACAUGAUCAACAGCCAGGAGCAAGAGCUGCUGCACAUGCGCAAGAGCCAUGAGGCGUCUGUCAAGAGUCGAAAUGAAAGGGGUGUACAGCUAUUGGAGAGAGAGGAGGAGAUGUGCAUCUUCUAUGAGAAGGUGAACGUGCAGGAGAGCUUGAUCCGUGAAGGAACUCUGGAGAUCCAGGCGCUGGAGGAGGAGAUCCGCUCCCUCAGGAUGCUCAUUACUGAGGAGACGAGGCAAAUUGAUGUGUGCAAGAAACAGGUGCCCUGCAAAAGAGCUCUGGAGGAGGAGAGCACCUUACUGCAGAUACAGCUGUCCGAGUGUAAGGACCGCCUGUUGUUUCUGGAGAAGAGUCUCGAGGACCAAGCUACAGAGAAGCGAUCACGUAAGCUGAGUGGUGAAGACCCGUCUCCUGUAGAACUCAUCAAGAAGAUAGAACAGCUGGAAGAGCGUCUAGCAGAGAGAGAGGCUCAGCUGUUGGAAAAAGAGCUAGUUUAUGAACAGGUGACACGAUUGUCCCAAAACAUCCGUGCCAAGGCAGAGAAUGGUAAAGAGGACACACUAAAACUGGCCAAGAGGGUGAAUGAAUUUCAGAGCCGCAUUAAGGACUACACUAAGAAGCUGAUGGCUGUGGUGUCAGAGUUAGCCAUGCGGCAGGCUCAGGCGCUGUGCCUCCAGCAGGAGCUUCGUGAGAGGGAGCUGCAGCUGGACUCGUGCCAGAGGAGGUUGGAGCAGGGUCUGCCACCGUCAGACAGCAUAGAGCAGGAGUGGCAGCGCUGCCUCAGAGAACAGCACCGCCACCAAGCAGAUGCAGAGGAGAAAGCCCGGAUUGCUGAGGAGGAAGAAAGAAAUCUGCUUCCAAAUGGAGUGUACACCACAGCAGAGACCCGCCCCAAUGCUUAUAUCCCAGGUGAAGACCCCCUACCUUUACCCAAGCCAUACGGCGCGCUGGCUCCCUUCAAACCCAGCGAGCCCGGGACCAACAUGCGCCACAUCCGCAAGCCUCAGCCCAAACCUAUAGAGAUCUAGAGGACUAAUAUCCACAGCACAUCCUCGUAACAUGAAACAGUAAAAAAAAGAAAAAAGUAAAGAUGUCUUCCCCUUUCA